CAUCCAUUUCAUCCUGAGAAAUAUUCUGCCUUCUUCUCUGUGCAGAAACUCCUUUUUUUAUUUAUUAUAUACACAUAAGAGAGACAUUAAGAGAGAAAGAGUGAUAUGGCUUAUGCUGCUAUUACUUGUCUUAUGAGAACCAUACACCAAUCAAUGGAACUUACUGGAUGUGCUUUGCAACCGUUCUAUGAAAACCUCGAAUCCGUGAGAGCUAUUCUGGAUGGAUCCUGCAGUGUAACGGGCGAUCUUGAAGCACUAACAAGCUUGGAAGGUGAAAUUGCAGAGGUGGCAUACAGUGCAGAAGAUAUGAUUGACUGGAAAUCAAUAGAUGUUUCUUCAGCAGAAACUUCAAUUUCGCGAAGCGGAGCUUUCUGGAAACUCAGUUGUUCCUUGGAACAACAGGUAGAACGCAUUGAUUCCAUCAUGAAGAAGUGGAUGGCAAUACGGAACUGGUACAGAAAAAUCAAAGAUUUGAAAGCACAAACGUUUUCUCUAGCCAGUACUAUACCUGAACAUGCUGUAGAGAGGCCCGAGCACAUAAUGGUUGGCCAUGAAAAUGCAUUCAAGAUGAUGCAGGAUCAACUUACUAGAGGAGAAAGGGAACUAGAAGUUGUCUCAAUUGUAGGGAUGGGGGGCAUAGGGAAGACAACUUUGGCUACAAAGCUCUACAGCGAUCCAUUCAUUAUGUCUCACUUUGACAUUCGUGCAAAAGCUACUGUUUCACAAGAGUAUUGUGCGAGAAAUGUACUCCUGGCCCUUCUUUCUUCUAUAAGUGAUGAACCAUGUGAUCAACUAGCAGACCGACUUCAAAAGCAUCUUAAAGGCAAGAGAUACUUGGUAGUCAUUGAUGACAUAUGGACUACACGAGCUUGGGAUGAUAUACAACUAUGUUUCCCAGACUGUAAUAAUGGAAGCCGAAUACUCUUGACUACUCGGAAUGGGGAAGUGGCUGAAUAUGCUAGCUUAGGUAAGCAUCCUUAUCACAUGCGUCUCAUGAAUUUUGAUGAAAGUUGGAGUUUAUUGUAUGAAAAGGUCUUUGCGAAAGACUCUUUCCCCCCUGAAUUUGAACAGCUUGGGAAACAAAUUGCAUCAAAAUGCGGAGGAUUGCCUCUAGCAAUUGUUGUGAUCGCUGGACUUCUCUCCAAUAUUGGCAAAGCAUUGACCGAGUGGCAAAGUGUUGCCGAAAAUGUGAGUUCAGUGGUUAGUACGGAUCUUGAAGCCCAAUGCAUGAGAGUGUUGGCUUUGAGUUACUAUCACUUGCCUUCUCAUCUAAAACCGUGCUUUCUAUAUUUUGCAAUUUUCCCAGAAGAUAAAGUAAUUGCUGUCGCUAAACUUGUAAACUUAUGGGCAGCGGAGGGAUUUUUGAAGUCAGACGAAAUGAAAAGCAUAGAAGAAGUGGCAGAAAAAUGUUUAAAAGAUCUUGUAGAUAGAAGUUUAAUUUCUGUCCACCAUUUGAGUUUUGAUGGAAAAAUCGAUUUUUGUCGAAUGCAUGACGUGACCCGUGAGCUCUGCUUGAGGGAAGCUCGAAACAUGGAUUUUGUGAACGUUCUGGGAGGAAAGAGUAAUCAAAAUCCUUGUGCGCAAUCCAUGCAGUGUUCCACUACGAGUCGAGGUCGGAUCAAAAUCCAUACUAAGGUAGAAUUGGCUAGGUGUCGUAACAGUGGGGCUUAUUCUAUUAUCAUGUCUCGUAGAGUCCAAUCCUUCAUGCUGGAGUUGCCUUUCAAGCUAGUAAGAGUACUAGAUCUUACUCGAAUUGAAUUUCCAAGUUUUCCCAGUGAAAUACUACAUUUAAUUCACUUGAGAUACCUAGCUUUGUCUCUUUAUCCUCUCUUAGAGCAGUAUCAAAGAUCCAAAGAAGAGGUUCCCUCAUCAAUAAUAGACGUUCCCUCGUCAAUAAUAGACAUACCUCCAUCAAUAUCAAGCCUAUGUUAUCUGCAAACUUUUAUACUUUAUGGUGUCAAUUACCAGGAAUGUCCUUUCAUAUUACCAUCGGAAAUUUUGACGAUGCCGCAAUUGAGGCACCUCCAUUUGUCCUGGAAUUACUUGCGGUAUUAUGAGCCUACAGCGAAAAGUUUGGUAUUGAAAAAUUUGCAAUGUCUCUCUAGAUGGAAUCCUUUUAAUUGUACCAGGUCUGCAUUUAGACUAUUUCCCAAUCUAAAGAAGUUGCAAAUUAGUGGCGCCCGAGAAGACUUUCGUAUUCGCAAGGACCAGUAUGAUUUUCGCUACUUACAUCAGCUCGAGGAAUUGGAAUUUGAUCUUAGUAAUCACGAUGCUAAAUGCUUUCUAGAAAGAAUUACACCUUCAGAUUCUACUCUGCAAAAUCCUUUAAGGCUUCAGAGGAUAAUCAAACUGCCAAAGCCAGGUUUAUCUUUAACACCUCUGCUCCUACCUCCGCCAGAUGCUUUUCCACAAAACCUUAAGAAUUUAACUUUGAAAGAACCUUUCUACUUGCCAUGGGAGGAUCUGAGCAUUGUUGGUAAAUUGCCCAAACUCGAGUCCCUUCAACUAGAAGGUUGGGCCUGCGAAGGUGAGGAGUGGGAAGUAGCUGAGGAAGGGUUUCCUCGCUUGAAGUUCUUGCUACUGAAGCUUUUGCAUAUACGGUACUGGAGAGCCAGUAGUGAUCACUUUCCAUGCCUUGAACGACUAUUUGUUAAUAAUUGCUGGAGUUUGGAUUCAAUCCCUCAAGAAUUUGCAGAUAUAACCACACUUGCUCUAAUUGAUAUCGAUCGAUGUCGAGAAUCUGUUGGGAUUUCCGCCAAGCAGAUUCAACAGGCCAUUCAAGACAACUACGGAGGUUCUAUUGACGUCCAUAUUCGUGAUCCUCUCGAGCUGUGUCCAGUGGGUGUGGAUCCAGUUCUCUGAAAGAAAUGUCAAUUCAGAAAUCAAGCGAAAAGGUGUCUUAUAGUCCUAACUGAUAUGGAACUCAAUUUUUUUUUGCAUAGUUGUCUUCAAUAUCCUGUUGAAUCUGCUUGGCGGAAAUUUUACAACAGAUUUCAGAUAGGACUUUUGGAAGUUCGCAAAACUCAAAUUCAGAGUUCUGCUUCUUUGUUUCUAUGGGAAAUACCUUUGGCUUAUGCUGCUAUUACUUCCUUUUUGGGCACCAUAAAACAUUCAAUGCAAUUUCCUAGAUUGAUUCCGCGAGAGCUGUUCUAGAGAAACCCUGAACAAUAACAGGCGAUUCUGAGGCAUUUGCAUCCAGCACAGAGUAUGUAGUUGACUUGGAAUCAAGAAAACUUUUCUCAGCAAAAAUCCCAAUUUCACGAUGAAUAGUUUUUUUUUUUUUUUUUGAAACUUCGUUUUCUCUUGAAAUGAGCAGUAACAAUUUGUGUAUCCAAUUUAUGAGAUAUGUAACAAUUUGUGACUGGGCCAUGUAAUUAUAGGUGAUGUUUUAGUUUUAAAAUUGAAGGGAGGUGAUUCAAGUUUUAAUUAUUGAGUAAAGGUGACUAAAUUUGAUUAGUGAUUAAGGGGUUUUGAUCUUGCCGAAUAGUUUUAUUUUUGACACUUUAGCCCUCUAUUUUAUUUUUAAUACUAUGCCCUUAAGUUUUAUUUUUAAUACUUUAACCCUAAAUUUUACUUUUAACACUUUGCCCCAAAGUUUUAUUUUUAACACUUUGAUCCAAC